CCUCUUUGGGUCACAGCGGUACAAUCUCUCAUCUCUGCAGUGGCCUUGCUGGUGAUAUGAGAGCUAAUUUAGGCGAAUCCCUGCACCAUAGGCGUCAGAUCUUUCUGCCAAAGCUGGAUCUCUAUGCAUUUUUGUGAUCCUUCAAAAAUAAAACACUGAACCGGUGGCUGCGUGGAAUACCAGCGGACAUGACUGCGAUGGGGAAAUUUAAGCAUAUCCUGCUUAUUUUCGCAGGUCUGAUCACCGCAGCUAACGGUCAGCCGUGUGGUGGCAUAGUGCAAGGACUGAACGGCAGCAUCGAGAGUCCAGGCUUUCCCCAUGGCUACCCCAACUAUGCCAACUGCACCUGGAUCAUCGUGACGGGGGAGCGCAACAGGAUACAGCUGUCCUUCCACACCUUCGCCCUGGAGGAGGACUUCGACAUCGUCGCCGUCUACGAUGGGCAACCGCUGCCUGGCAACCUGAAAAUGAGGUUGUCUGGCUUCAUGUUGCCGUCCCCAAUCGUGAGCACGGGCUCAAUAAUGGCGCUGUGGUUUACCACGGACUUUGCUGUGAGUGCGCAAGGAUUUAAAGCAAUUUAUGAAGUGUUGCCCAGUCAUACCUGUGGGAACCCUGGGUUAAUACCAAAGGGAGUCAUUCAAGGGUCCAGAUACAACAUCGGAGACAAGAUCCGCUACAGUUGUGUCAUGGGCUAUGUCCUUGAGGGUCACGCUGUGCUCACGUGCAUCGUGACCCCUGGAAGUGGUGCAUCAUGGGAUUUCCCGGCGCCAUUUUGUCGAGCGGAGGGCUCCUGUGGCGGCACGUUGAGAGGGACCACAGGAACGAUAUCCAGCCCGCACUUCCCCUCGGAGUACGAGAACAGCGCCGAUUGCACGUGGAGUAUACUCGCCGAGCCGGGGGACACCAUCGCCUUGGUGUUCACGGACUUCCAACUGGAGGACAGAUACGACUUCCUUGAGAUCAGCGGCACGGAGGUGCCAUCGAUAUGGCUGACUGGCAUGAAUUUGCCCUCUCCCGUCAUCAGCAGUAAGAACUGGCUACGGCUGCACUUCACGUCUGACAGCAACCAUCGGCGGAAAGGAUUUAGUGCCCAGUACCAAGUAAAAAAGGCCAUCGAGUUGAAGUCCAGAGGCGUGAAAAUGCUUCCAAGCAAAGACACCAGCCACAAGAACACUGUCUUGAGCCAGGGAGGGAUGUCUGCUGACAUUUGUCCAGAUCCGGGGACCCCAGAGAACGGCGGGAGGAUUGGCUCCGACUUUCAGGUCGGCGCAAGCAUCCAGUUCUCCUGCGACGACAGCUACGUGCUCCAGGGAUCAAAGAGCAUCGCUUGCCAGCGAGUGACUGAGACGCUGGCCGCCUGGAGUGACCACAGGCCUAUCUGCCGCACCAGGACAUGCGGUUCGAAUUUGAGAGGACCAAAAGGGAUCAUUACAUCUCCCAACUACCCGGUGCAAUAUGAAAAUAAUGCGCACUGUGUGUGGGUCAUCACAGCGGUGGAUCCCCAUAAGGUCAUCAAACUGUCUUUUGAGGAGUUUGAUCUGGAGAGAGCAUACGACACGCUAACAGUGGGGGACGGCGAAAAGAUUGGGGACGCCAGAAGGGUCCUCUAUGUGCUGACGGGGACCAGCGUGCCUGACCUGAUAGUCAGCAUGAGCAACCAAAUGUGGCUCCAUCUUCAGUCGGACGACACCAUUGGCUCUCAGGGCUUCAAAGCACUCUAUGAAGAGAUUGACAAAGGCGGGUGUGGAGACCCUGGCAUCCCCGCGUACGGCAAGCGAGCAGGCGACUCGUUUCAGCACGGGGACUCGCUCACCUUCGAGUGCCAGGCCGCCUUCGACCUGGUCGGGGAGAGGACCAUAUCCUGCCAGCAGAACAACCAGUGGUCCGGGAACAAACCCAGCUGUGUCUUUUCCUGCUUCUUCAAUUUCACCACGCCGUCCGGCGUCAUCCUGUCCCCAAACUACCCGGAGGAGUACGGGAACAACAUGAACUGCGUCUGGCUGAUCAUAGCCGAGCCCGGCAGCCGCAUCCACCUCAUCUUCAGCGACUUCGAGGUGGAGUCACAGUUCGACUAUCUCAUCGUGAAGGACGAGGCCAUGGCGGAGCCCACCACGUUCGGGACCUUCUCCGGCAAGGACGUCCCCUCGCAGAUCGCCAGCAACGGCCACAUCAUGCGCCUGGAGUUUCAGUCCGACCACUCCAACACGGCCCGGGGAUUCAACAUCACAUACACCACUUUCGGACAGAACGAGUGCCACGACCCCGGCAUCCCCGUCAACGGUCAGCGGUUCGGCGAGCACUUCCUGCUGGGCAGCUCGGUGUUGUUCACCUGUGACGAAGGUUUCAUCAAGACCCACGGCUCAGAGGCCAUCACCUGUGUCAUCCAGGAUGGGAACGUGGUGUGGAACGCUGCCGUCCCUCGCUGCGAAGCGCCGUGUGGGGGCCAUCUUACCGCUCCGGCAGGGGUUCUGCUCUCUCCAGGGUGGCCCGGCUUCUACAAAGACUCGCUGAAUUGUGAAUGGGUCAUCGAGGCCCGGAAGGACCACGCUGUCAAAAUCACCUUUGACCGCUUUCAGACGGAGGUUAAUUACGACACGCUGGAGGUGCGUGACGGGCCCUCGGGCUCCUCGCCCCUGAUUGGCGAGUACCAGGGCACGCAGGCGCCGCGCUUCCUCACCAGCACCACCAAUCACAUGUACCUGCUCUUCACCACCGACAACAGCCGCUCCAGCGUGGGCUUCCAGAUACGCUACGAGAGCAUCAUGAUGGAAAUGGACGCGUGUUUAGACCCCGGCAUCCCGGUGAACGGCAAGAGGCACGGCAACAGCUUCGCCAUCGGCUCGCGUGUGACGUUCAGCUGCGACCAAGGCUACACCCUGAGUGACGAGGAGCCCAUCGUGUGCGAGAGGAACCACCAGUGGAACCACGCGCUGCCCAGCUGUGACGCCCUGUGUGGAGGAUAUAUAUUCGGGAAGAGUGGGAGCAUUCUCUCCCCUGGCUUUCCAGACUUCUACCCCAACUCUCUCAACUGCACCUGGACGAUAGAAGUAUCGCACGGGAAGGGAGUGCAGCUGGUUUUCCACACGUUCCACCUGGAGGACUCUCACGAUUACCUGCUCAUCACGGAGGACGGGAGCUUCGUCGACCCCGUGGCGCGGCUCACCGGCUCCGUGCUGCCGCCCUCCAUCAAGGCCGGCCUCUUCGGCAACUUCAGCGCCCAGCUGCGCUUCGUCUCCGACUUCUCCAUGUCCUACGAGGGCUUCAACAUCACCUUCUCAGAGUACGAUCUGGAGCCGUGCGAAGAUCCCGGUGUGCCAGCUUACAGUCGCAGGGUUGGCUUCCAGUUCGGCGUCGGGGACUCGCUCGUCUUCUCCUGCUUCUCAGGGUACCGUCUGGAAGGUGAACACAAGAUAACCUGCCUGGGCGGGGGGAGGAGGGUGUGGAGCGCACCCCUCCCGAGGUGUGUGGCUGAGUGUGGUGCCACUUCUGUCGGAAUCGACGGUGUCUUGCUCUCACCCAAUUAUCCUGCCAAUUACGCCAACAAUCACGAGUGCAUCUACCGCGUGGAGACGGAGAGGGGAAAAGGCAUUCGACUGCUGGCCACAGACUUUCAGCUCCUUGAGGGCGAUUACCUGAAGAUUUAUGACGGGAGUGACAGCUCAUCCAGACUGCUGGGCAAUUUCUCACGGAGCGAUAUGACUAAUACGCUCAUCAACAGCACCUCAAAUCAUCUGUGGCUGGAGUUCAACAGCAACGGGACGGGGACCAACCAGGGCUUCCGGCUGACAUACAGCAGUUUUGACCUUGUCAAAUGCGAAGAGCCGGGGACUCCGAAUUAUGGCUACAAGAUUGAAGAUAACGGGCACUUUGCCAACACGCGAGUGCUGUACAGCUGCAACCCUGGCUACACUCUGCACGGGAGCAGCUCCCUGACCUGCCUCAGCGGGGACCGCAGAGUGUGGGACAUGCCCCUGCCGUCCUGCCUCGCCGAGUGUGGAGGUCACAUUAAGGAGGCCACGUCUGGACGGAUCUUAUCACCAGGAUAUCCGGCGCCCUACGACAACAACCUCCACUGCACCUGGUCCAUCGAGGCAGACGUGGGAAAAACAAUUAGCCUGCACUUCAUCGUCUUCGACACGGAGGUGGACCAUGACAUCCUGAAGGUGUGGGACGGCCAGAGCGAGAGCGGCAUCCUGGUGAAGGAGUGGAGCGGCUCCCAGCUGCCCGAGGACACCCACAGCACCUUCAACGUCCUCACGCUGCAGUUUGACAGCGACUACUUCAUCAGCAAGUCUGGCUUCUCCAUCCAGUUCUCAACCACGACUGCCACCACCUGCAAUGAUCCUGGCACUCCACAAAAUGGCAGCCGUUACGGGGACAGCCGUGAGCCCGGGGACAGCAUCACCUUCCAGUGUGACCCGGGCUACCAGAUGGAGGGGGACGCCGUCAUCACCUGCGUGGAGAACGACAACCGCUUCUUCUGGCAGCCAGACCCUCCCACAUGCAUAGCUACCUGUGGAGGGAAUGUGACAGGACCUGCUGGGGUAAUUCUAUCGCCCAACUAUCCCCAGCCCUACCCGCCGGGAAAGGAAUGCGACUGGCGGAUAAAAGUCAAUCCCGACUUUGUGAUUGCUCUAAUUUUCAAAAGCUUCAACAUGGAGCCCAGUUAUGACUUCCUCCACAUCUACGAGGGCGAGGACUCCAACGGUCCGCUGCUCAGCAGUCUGCAGGGCAGCCAGGCGCCCGACAGGAUCGAGAGCAGCGGCAACACCAUCUUCCUGGCCUUCCGCAGCGACGCCUCCCUGGGGAUGUCCGGCUUCGCCAUCGAAUACAAAGAGAAGCCGCGGGAGGCUUGCUUUGACCCUGGCAACAUAAUGAACGGUACCCGAGUGGGAAUGGACUACAAAUUGGGCUCGACGGUGACGUACUACUGUGACUCGGGCUACACCCUGGCGGGGCGGGCCACCCUGGCAUGCGUCAUGGGCACAGAUGGCAAGCCGGUGUGGGACAAGCCUCUUCCCACGUGCAAAGCUCCGUGUGGCGGCCAUUACAAUGGAUCUGAGGGCGUGGUGUUGUCUCCAAACUACCCCCACAACUACACCACCGGCCCCACCUGCUCCUACUACAUCACCGUGUCAGGAGACUUCGUGGUGUUCGGGCAGUUUGCCUACUUCCAGACGGCGAUGAAUGACUCAGUCGAGCUGUUUGAUGGAGCCAAUCAGAACGCGCGGCUGCUCAGCUCGUUGGCAGGUUCGCACACGGGUGAGACCUUGCCCCUGGCAGCCUCCAAUCAAAUCAUGCUGAGAUUCAACGCUAAGAACGGCCCUCCAGCUAGAGGCUUUCACUUUGUUUACCAAGCUGUCCCAAGGACCAGCGAUACGCAGUGCAGCUCCGUGCCCGAGCCCCGGUACGGCAGGAGGAUCGGGUCCGAGUUUUCCGCCGGCUCCAUCGUCCGCUUCGAGUGCAGUCCAGGCUACCUCCUGCAGGGCUCCAAGGCCAUCCAGUGUCACGCGGUGCCCAGUGCUCUGGCGCAGUGGAAUGACAGCAUCCCCACUUGUAUAGUUCCGUGCAGUAGGAACCUGACAGAGAGGCGCGGCACCAUCCUGUCUCCUGGGUUCCCGGAGCCCUAUGGGAACAGCCUCAACUGUGUGUGGAGGAUUGUCGUUACUGAAGGAGCCGGGAUCCAGAUUCAAGUCAUUAGCUUCGCCCUGGAGCACAACUGGGAUUCCCUGGAAAUCUCUGACGGCGGAGACAUGACAGCACCCAAAUUGGGCAGCUUUUCAGGCACCACCGCUCCAGCUCUCCUGAACAGCACCUCCAACCAGCUGUAUCUGCACUUCCACACCGACAUCAGUGUUGUGGCUGCAGGAUUCCACCUGGAGUACAAGACUGUGGCCCUUACCUCCUGUCCCGAGCCUGUGAUACCAGCCAACGGCAUCAAAAGCGGCGACCGCUACAUGGUGAAUGAGGUUGUGUCGUUCGGCUGCGAACCCGGAUAUGUGCUUCAGGGCCAUUCUCAUAUCUCCUGCAUGCCAGGGACGGUUCGAAGAUGGAACUACCCUCCUCCGCUGUGCAUCGCGAAAUGUGGCGGCACCCUGUAUGAUCUGGCCGGUGUGGUUCUAAGCCCUGGGUUUCCAGGAAAUUAUCCGGGGAAUCUGGACUGCACUUGGAGAAUAUUACUGCCCGUGGGAUAUGGGGCUCUGAUCCAGUUCCUCAACUUCACCACCGAGGUCAAUCACGAUUUUUUAGAGGUGCGCAACGGCCCUCAGCACAGCAGCUCCCUGAUUGGCCAGUUCAGCGGAACUCAGCUGCCACCUGAUCUCCUCAGCACCACACACGAGAUCGUCAUCCAUUUUUAUACCGACCACUCCCAGAACCAACAAGGCUUCAAGUUAACAUACAAAGCGUAUGAGCUGCACAAUUGCCAAGACCCGCCCAAGUUCCCCAAUGGAUACAUCAUCAGCAAUGACUACAAUGCAGGACAGUCCAUCACCUUUGAGUGUUUCCCAGGGUAUGUCUUGGUUGGCCACCCCGUGCUCACAUGUCAACAUGGAAUCAACCGGAAAUGGAAUCAUCCCUUCCCACGCUGUGAAGCUCCUUGUGGCUACAACGUCACAGCCAUAAACGGCACCAUCUUCUCCCCUGGGUUUCCAAAUCACUACCCGGACUCUCAGGACUGCACCUGGUUCAUUACCGUUCCACACGGCCACGGGGUCUACAUCAACUUCUCGCAGCUGGAGACGGAGCCUGUCACCGACUACAUCGCUGUGUGGGAUGGCCCGGACCAGAGCUUCCCUCAGUUGGGGAUUUUCAGCGGCAACACGGCUCUGGAGUCGGCCUACAGUUCUUUCAAUCAGGUCCUUAUCAAGUUCCACAGCGACUUCUCCACCAGUGGCCUCUUCGUCCUCAAUUUUCAUGCUUACCGUCUCAAGAAAUGUCCUUCUCCUCCCCCUGUCGAGCAUGCGGACGUCUUUUACGAAGAUGAAGAUUAUGAAAUAGGUGACGUGGUAAAGUACCACUGUCUCCCAGGGUUCACGCUGGUGGGCUCGGACGAGCUGUCCUGCAAGCUUAACUCUCACCUGCAGUUUGAAGGUCCACCUCCCACGUGCGAGGCCCAGUGUCCUGCCAAUGAGGAGAGGCCUGAGUCGUCUGGCGUCAUCCUGAGUCCGGGAUUCCCCCAAAACUACCCCAACUCCCAGACCUGUUCCUGGAUCAUCAGGGUCCAGCCUCCAUACACCAUCUCCAUCUACGUGGAGAUGUUUCAGAGUGAAAAACAGUUCGACGAACUGGAAAUCUUUGAUGGACCUACUGGCCAGAGUCCGUUGCUAGUCGCCCUGAGUGGGAACCACUCCACGCAGCUGAACUUCACCAGCAAAACCAGCCAGCUCUACCUGCGCUGGUCCACCGACCACGCCACCAACAAGAAGGGGUUCAAAAUACGCUACACAGCUGCCUACUGUAGUACAAACAAGAUUCCAAGGAAUGGGGGGAUUCGCAACCGCACGCGGGAGCGUCCGGGCAGCAGGCUUCAGUACUACUGCAACACCGGAUACAGGCUGGUGGGCCAGAGGAACGCCACCUGCAGACUACACCCCAACGGCCUCUACCAAUGGGAUCGGCCCGUGCCCUUUUGCCAAGCCAUAUCGUGCGGAAUCCCUGAGUCUCCCGGCAACGGCUCGUUCCACGGUUACCAGUACACGGUGGGCAGCAAGGUGCACUACCAGUGUGACGAGGGCUUCCGCAUGGAGAGCAGCCGCUCCCUCUACGCCACCUGCCAGGAGGAGGGGCUGUGGAGCAACGCCGCCCUGCCCCCGCUAUGCCAACCGAUUCAGUGCCCUGACAUUGAGAGCAUGCUCUCAGAGCACAUGGUGUGGCGCCUGAUCUCGGGGUCGUUGAAUGAGUACGGGGGCCAGAUAAUGCUGAGCUGCUCUCCAGGCUUCUAUCUGGGGGGCCGGCGCAUCAUCAAGUGCCUGGCAAAUGGAACCUGGGAUGGGAUCCAGGAGAGGUCCACCUGCAAAAUAAUUUCGUGCGGUGACCUUCCCUCGCCCCCCAACGGCAAGAAGAUGGGCACCCUGACCAGCUAUGGCUCCACGGCCAUCUUCACCUGCAACACUGGCUACACCUUAGUGGGCUCGCACCUCCGCGAGUGCCAGGCCAACGGGCUCUGGAGUGGCGUGGACACACGCUGCCUCGCUGGGCACUGCGACUCCCCAGAUCCCAUCGUCAAUGGACACAUCAGCGGGGACGGAUCCAGUUAUCGGGACACGGUUGUGUACCAGUGCAACAUGGGCUUUCGGCUAAUCGGCACCUCCGUCCGCAUAUGCCAGCAGGACCACAGGUGGUCGGGACAGGCCCCCGUUUGUGUCCCGAUCACCUGUGGUCACCCGGGCAACCCAGCCAACGGCCGCACCAACGGCAGCGAGUUCAACCUGAACGACGUGGUGAACUUCAGCUGCAUCACGGGCUACGUGCUGCACGGAGCGCCCAGGGCACAGUGCCGCAUGAACGGCCAGUGGAGCAACUCUCUGCCCGUGUGCAAGGUGGUAAACUGCUCGGAUCCGGGCUUUGUUGAGAACGCCAUCCGUCAGGCGCAGGAGCGCUUCCCCGAGAGCUUCAGCUACCGCAGUGGUGUGAUGUAUCGCUGCAAGAGGGGCUUCUAUCUGCUCGGUUCAUCAGUCCUCUCCUGUCAGUCAAAUGGCCUCUGGGACCGCUCUCUUCCUAAGUGCCUACCGAUCUCCUGCGGUGACCCGGGCGUCCCUCCUCACGCCACGCUGCUGGGCAAGCGCUUCACGCACGGCGCCGUGGUGCACUACUCCUGCGGCCAGGGGAGGGCGCUCAUCGGCAACGCCAGCCGCUACUGCCAGGAGGACGCCCGCUGGAGCGGCUCCACGCCAUACUGCUCGGGUGGCAGUGCGGGUCUCUGCGGUGACCCAGGGCUGCCCCCCCACGGCACGCGUUUGGGCGAGGAGUUCCGGGUGAAGAGCCUGCUGCGGUUCAGCUGCGAGGCGGGCUACGCGCUGGUGGGCUCGGCUGAACGCACCUGCCUCCACAACGGCUCCUGGACCGGCGUCCAGCCCGUCUGCGAAGCGGUGUCCUGUGGCAACCCGGGGACGCCGGCCUUCUCCCGCAUCAUCUUCAGCGACGGCAUGCAGUUCUCCAGCUCGGUGACCUACGCCUGCUGGGAGGGCUACAAGACCUCGGGCCUCACCACGCGACACUGCACCGCCAACGGCACCUGGACCGGGUCCUCCCCGGACUGCACAGUCAUCAGCUGUGGCGAUCCUGGUCCCAUUGCUAACGGCGUGUACAUGGGGAAGGACUUCACCUUCAACAGCAGCGUGGAGUUCCACUGUAACCCUGGUUACGUGAUGGAGCCCCCGGGCGCCUCAACCCUGCUCUGCACCAAGGACGGCACCUGGAACCAGACUAAACCCAGCUGCAGAGUGAUCAUAUGUGGGCCGCCCCCGGCGAUCCGCUUUGGGAAGGUGGAGGGUUCGGAGCUGGCGUGGGGCUCCAGCGUCACCUACAGCUGCCUGGAGGGAUACCAGCUGUCCUCCCCGGGCAUCGCCACCUGCGAGGGCAGCGGUGUGUGGCGCGGAGACAUCCCACAGUGCCUGCCUGUGCUCUGCGGAGACCCCGGCACGCCGGCGGAGGGCUACGCGGAGGGGAGGCAGUUCACCUUCCGCUCCGAGGUCACCUUCUACUGCCGAAGCCCCUUCCUGCUGGUGGGCUCCUCCCGCCGAACCUGCCAGGAAGACGCGGCGUGGAGCGGCGUACAGCCCACCUGCAUAGAUCCAGCUUUCAAUUCAUGCCGAGAUCCAGGAACGCCGGCCUAUGGGAAUAUCCAGGCUCAGGGAUUUGAGGUUGGGAGUAAGGUGUUCUUCAGAUGCCGGAAAAACUAUCACAUACUCGGAUCUACAACAAGAAUAUGCCUUGAAAAUUUAACGUGGAGUGGAGUGCAACCUGAAUGCAUAGCGCACGGCUGCAGGCAGAUCGAGACCCCGGCGCAUGUGGACGUGCGCUCCAUCGACCUGCCCACGCUGGGCUACACGCUCAUGUUCUCCUGCCAGGAGGGAUACUUCCUGUCCGGGGGCUCCGAGCACAGGACCUGCCGGCCCGACGGGAAGUGGACGGGGAAGCCCCCGCUCUGCAAAGUGGGGCCCAAAAUAAACAGCAAGCCCAAGGGGGAAGAUGUGCAGAAGAAUAAGGUCCAUGUUCCGGUGGACGUCUUCUCUGCGAACUCGGCCUGGUCGGGUUACUAUGACUACCUGAGCAAGAGGCAGCAGGCCACGCUGACGGUGAACGGGUUCAACGUGACGACCAGCCGCGUUAACGUCACUCUCCUGGAGCCCAGUGGAGUGCAGAUUAAACUGUCUGGGACCUACAAAAAGGAAGAGAACCAUUUGCUCCUGAAGGUCUACCAAGUGAAGGGCCCGAUGGAGAAAUAUUACAGCAAGUUCAAGAACGACAACUGGGCGAUGGAUGGAUAUGUCACUGUGGAAUCUGACAAGAAAACAUUUGUUUACCAGGGUCAUAUUCACAGCAAAGAUUUUGGCACAUUCCAGCUGACGAGACAAGGUCUACUGACGACGGAUAAUAAUCCUUACUAUGGCACAAACAGUAGCUCUGUCGCUGCAGCGAUCCUUGUGCCGUUUUUUGCUCUGAUUCUGUCAGGGUUUGCCUUUUACCUCUACAAACACAGGGUACUGUCACGUGACACAGAUGACAAUGAGCGACCCAAAGACGUUAUAAGGGGCGGAAGCAGAACAAGACCAAAAGUGCAGUACAAUGGCUACGCAGGUCACGAAAACACAAAUGGACAAGCGUCCUUUGAAAACCCCAUGUACGACACGAACAUGAAGCCCACAGAAGCAAAGGCUGUGAGGUUUGAUACCACGCUGAAUACAGUCUGCACAGUGGUAUAGCCCUCAGCCCUCAGCCCUCAACUCAGCAGCGCCACCCCAUGGCAUGGAGUCAUCCGCAGUGAAUGAACUAGUCUGUCUCACUGUGGCUGUCGUCCAUUCCACAACAUACAAUACUGUAGUGCUCUGUGAGUGCACAUAGAGGACUACUACCGCUGGACUACACCACUCUCCCACUUUGGAACACUAUCUCUAUGGUGAUGGCAAACAAAACAAAAAAACGUCUAUGGCCCUUUAAGACUAAUUGCCAUAGAAACGCAUUGGAGAUGUUAUGGUGGUGCUGGACAGGAUUUCCAUGGGGAGGAGGAGGUCACGUGAUCCUGCUGAGAGAGAGAGAGGUCAGGAAGGACAAACGAUACUUCCUGGGAUCAAGGAAGUUGUGCCUCUCGCGGCUCAGCCAGGAUGAAAGUUGUGGCUUUGCUUUUUUCUUUUACUUUCAUUUUGAAAAUCUCGCUUCCCAAAAGACUUCUUUUGGGAAAUACUGAAGUGUCUUGAAAGGCCACAUAAUUGUUUUGGUGGAAGGGGAGUUGUUCCUGUUAUUUUUUUUGUUGGUUCCGUUUUUUUUUCUCUUCAGUGAAGAUGUACUGGCCUACAAAGCAGAAGGCAACUUAAAAACUAUAUUGUGGAUGAACACACAAGACUUGUCCAUCUGCAAGCGGAAAACUUGCUACAACUCGAACUCUCUCGGCAGAGGCUUAAACGUUUACCCCACAAGAUGGUGGCGUAAACUCACUCAACUGUUACGUUGGAAAACAUUAUCGCACAAAUUUUGCACUAGCGUGGUGUGAAUGGGUUCCGAGUGGGUUUUAAAAUGGGUGGGGAAAGACAUAAAAAUACAAAACAGGGUUUAUGAACAUGUGUAAAUAAACAUUAACAGAUCCACAGAAAGCAUGUAAACAUGCUAUGUUUUAUAAAAUAAAAAGAAACGGAUAAUUUAAUUUUAUAAAUUGGUUCCACAAAUUAAAUUAUGACCCAUAAUUGCACAUCAAUGAUGUAAUAGUUGUGAACAUCAUGAGGAACCAUGUAGCCUAGCUUUGGUAUUCUUUUUCAUUUUCACGCCAUUGUUAUUUUUUUAUAUAUCCAUUUUCAUGUGAAGUGACCAUGCUUUUUUUCACAGUAAAAAAGGAGAUAAGUGAACUCUUCUGAGUAGCCAAAAAAAAUGUUACGAAUGUAGUACCUGGUGUCCCUUGUUGGUUAUAUAAAAAUGAUAGUAAUGGUGGGGUGGCGUCCGGGCCAAUGUCUUAUCCUGAGCGUAUCGCUCGGUGCGUAAUUCCAAGAGCAGUAUAAUGAAAAGGAAGAAAGGAGUCGCACACUGGAGCUGAAUGCAGAAUGAAAACUAUAUUAAACA